CGUCUCUGUCGUCAUACGCGCGCGCCGCCGCCGCUGCUCGCUAGAGAAGUACAACUGUCAUGGCGAGUUCAGCCGCCUCCUCGGUAAGACCGCCGCGGCCCAAGAAAGAGCCGCAAGCGCUCGUCAUCCCUAAGAAUGCGGCGGAGGAGCAGAAGCUCAAGCUGGAGCGGCUGAUGAAGAACCCGGACAAAGCAGUCCCAAUUCCAGAAAAAAUGAGUGAAUGGGCACCUCGACCUCCCCCAGAAUUUGUCCGAGAUGUAAUGGGUUCAAGCGCUGGGGCUGGCAGUGGUGAGUUCCAUGUGUAUCGGCAUCUGCGCCGGAGAGAGUAUCAGCGACAGGACUACAUGGAUGCCAUGGCUGAGAAGCAAAAAUUGGAUGUAGAGUUUCAGAAGAGACUGGAAAGGAAUAAAAUUGCUGCAGAGGAGCAGACUGCAAAGCGUCGAAAAAAGCGCCAGAAGUUAAAAGAAAAGAAAUUAUUGGCAAAGAUGAUGAAACUUGAACAGAAGAAACAAAAAGGAUCCAUUCAGUCCCAAGAGCAUCGGUCCAGUAGCUCUGAGGAGACAUCUGGAACAGAGGAGGAGAAAGAGGAAGAGCCCAGCUUCAUCAUGGGGCGAUGACAGUGUUGGCCACAGUGGCUUUCUGGAGCCCAUGGCUUCAGAAAACCCUCCACAUGACCCAAGGAGAAAGGAGGCUGUUUGAACUCAAUUUCUCUCCCAAGGCCUCACAGGAUAGAAGCAAGUGGGAAGCCAUCCUGACUACUCGUGGCCCUGCCAAUAGGCAGGACUCAGCCUAUGGGACAGAGAGCCCUGUUUCCUGCACACUCAAGGGCACUGCCCAGCAGAGUUCAUUAACGUUCCCGCUAAAGGGGGGAAAUGUAUAACCACUGCCCCUGCUGCUUGUUCUCAUAUAUUUGGACAGUGAUGAGUUUUGGGCUGGUUUCUGUGAAAGUAGUGUUUAUUUAGUAAAGAACAGAAAAACUUUAGGUUUUGUUUGGACCUGUGAAAUGUCAAAGCUGUAGGGAAGGCUGUGAAAAUGAGGUGAUAGGGAUGAGGCCUAUUACACGGGCCUAUUCCCAGACUCAAUGAGGGAAAUGGCCUUGGUUCUGGAGCUGACUCACACUGCAGGGUACCUGACCUCCAUUUCCUUCAGCUGAGGGUGCAGACUGCACCUCCUGCUCAGUAGCUCCCAGUACACAGGUGUGUUGUGGGAACCCUUGGGCAUGUGCAAAGGGAGCUGUGGGACAUAACCAGGGAAAAUAAUUGGAGAUUAGAUAAAGAAGCAGGUGGACAAUCCAGGCUGGGCUGAACCAGAGAAGAGGGCAUGGGGAAUCCUAGCCAAACUAGUAUUGAUUUCCCUGGCCCUGCCCUGAGCCAGGUGACAUUUGUGGUCACUUCUGCCCUUUAAGCAGUUCAAGUCACAGGAAUUUUUUUUUUUAUAGGUCCCUGUUUUAUUGCAGUACAUCAAAGUCUGGUUAAUAUUAAGUGAUUCACAGGAAUUUUUUUUCCCCAGGAAGCUGAAAUGGAAAGUCAACCCUAAUAAAUUAACACACACGCCCUGGCUGUACAUUUUGAAACCCAUAUUUCUCUUUGGCCAGUUAGAUUGUGUUUGGCGGGUUAGAUUGUGUUUUGUUUUUGUUCCCCUGUCUUUAAUCUAUUGGUUUCCUUAUUUACCUCCAGAAUGUGUGUCACAACUCUUGCUUUGAGUCCUGCCUGGAUCUGGAGGGUGUUAUCUUUCACUGGAGACUGUGGAGGGUGUCAGAGCUCAGAGCUGGAAUACUUGGGUUUGAGCCCUGCCCUGCCUCUGAUGAGAUGGGGAACUCUGGGCAAGUCACUUCCUGCCUCUGUCUGAUGUACCUGACAGAGAGCUUAGUGAUCUGUGUGUGGGACAGGUGGGCAGAAGACUAAACAAAUAGGAUACUAGGUGGAGCGUGUAUGUUUUACACCUUUACUAGAUUUCAGAAGAUGAUGUUUAGGUAGGAAACAUCCUGUAGCAGUUUCUAACAGUUUUUAAGGGGUCAUCUAUACCUUAGGUUAAUGACUCAGUCUGUCUUCUUCAGGGUAUUGUUUAUUUGGGAAAGGGGAACAAUUAGAUGUCAUCCUUGAGAAGGGAGUGGGUAAUACUGAGAAGACACCCCCCCCUCAAAGAAGCCAUGAUUGAGGAGAAUCAAUAAUGCCCUUAACUUGUGGGUGGGAAGAAAUUAAACGUCAAAGGUAUACGUAACUUGGUUGUCUCAGGAAACCUCAUGAAUAAGAAUUCUGAUUUAUCAGA